CAAACGAGAUCAGUGAAUCCUACGGCUAUUCCAGCCCCUGAACCUGAACCCUCCCCCCUUUCCGUGCCAUACUGCAAAGCGCAAGGCACCUUUUCGCUUCCGCCCCUCUCCUUCCUUCUCCCCCUCCGCCGCCUGCUCGCCGUCCUCCGAUCCGCCGCCCCCGUCCGUCUCCAUGGGUCUCCUCUCCAACAGGAUCGGGAAGGAGAGCCUGAAGGCGGGGGAUCACAUCUACUCGUGGAGGGCCGCGUGGGUCUACGCGCAUCACGGAAUAUACGUGGGCGAUGAUAAGGUGAUUCAUUUUACCCGAGGAAGGGACCAAGAGGUCGGAACAGGAACGGUCAUUGAUUUUCUUCUUGUGAGUUCGGGCCCUAAUAGGAGCAGCACACCAUGCUUGGUAUGCAGCAGCGAUGAAGUUACCGCCGCCACGGAGACAAAUGGUGUGACUUCCUCUUGCCUCAGCUGUUUCCUGUCAGGGGGUGCUCUCUACCGUUUCGAGUAUGAUGUCAACCCAGCACUUUUCCUUGCCAAAGUACGAGGAGGGACCUGCACGCUUGCGGCCACUGAUUCCGACGAGGUGGUUGUCCGACGUGCCAAGUACUUGUUGAGCAAUGGUUUCAGGUGCUACAGCCUCUUCAAGAACAACUGUGAGGACUUUGCGAUAUACUGCAAGACUGGUCUGCUUGUGGCCGAGGGUAACGUCGGGCUCGGGCAGAGUGGGCAGGCUGUCUCCAUCAUUGGCGGUCCUCUUGCUGCUGUGGUUUCGACGCCUUUCCGCCUAGUAACCACGAACAUCUACGGAAUGGCAGUGAUGGCUGUCGGGGUGUACUGUGUUAGCAGGUAUGCAGGUGACAUUGGCAACCGCCGAGACGUGCUGAAGGUAGAGGUGGAGGAGCUGACGGCCGGGCUCGCAAGCGGACGGAUUCGUGCGGCGAACAUCACUCAGCUGGCAACUCCGGGACAAGUCCAGGCUCCGGCGGUGACCACACUCGUUGCUGCUUAGAAUGCAGCACCGAUGUUGUAAAAUAUGGAGAUGUAUACAUCACCAUCACCAUUGCUAUAUUUACCACCUGUUCAAACCUUCUAAAACUGUGCCGAGAUUGAACUUCCCGUUCAGCAAUGGCUGUGGGACGAGUGUUGUAUCUGCCACCAACGUGUCUGGUUUGUCUAGUAUUGUAUGAAGAUUGAAGACUGCUGCGUGUUUGCUCCAA